CGAUGGCGGCGACAGUAUUUUUUGUGCACUUGACAUGUUUUGACACGCGGCUUUCGGGGACGCUUGGCCCGCCGGCUCGUUAAAAUGUUCGCCAGUCCCUUGGAGUUUGACAUCGUGCUGCGCGCCAAAAUGGGCAAUGUGAAUCUGCCUCAAUUGUUGCGGCAACGUGACCGUAGCAAUCGUAACGCGCUGCAUUAUUGCGCAGCGCAGGAUUUGGAGCAGACACAGGACCUCGUGGCGGCCGCCACCAUUGCAAUCGCAGCUCCAGAGCUGCUGGAGUCUGCCGAUGAGGAUGGCUUCACACCGCUUCACUUGGCUGUUAUUCAGGGCAACUUGGCCAUGGUCAAUUUGCUGCUAGCGAACAAAGCCGAUGUGAAUGCGGUCGACAAUGAAGGUCACUCCGUGGUGCACUGGGCCACGGUGUGUGGCGAGAUUGAAGCUUUGCGCGCUGUGCUGGCAGCUGGCGCUAGUGUAGCCAAGCCGGAUGUGAAUGGCGGCACACCGCUGCACUAUGCAGCUCAAAUGUGCGGCGCCAGCUAUGACAAUAAGCUGGCGACUGGCAGCUCCAGCAAACUAUCGCUGGAAAUACUGGGCAUACUGCUGGCGCAUCCGCAAAGCAGCGUCGAUGUGCAGGACAAGGAUGGACGCCAGCCGCUGCUCUGGGCUGCCUCAGCGGGCUCGGCCAAGGCAGUGAUUGCGCUAGUCAAGGCAGGCGCGCGUGUAGAGUCGGGCGACAAAGAUGGACUCACUGCCUUGCACUGCGCCGGCUCGCGUGGCCACACCGAAUGCAUUGAUACGCUCAUUAGCUUGUGUGGCGCGCCCACUGAUUUGAUUGACUCCAAUGGCUGCACUGCGCUGCAUUAUGCUGUUACCUUGGGCCAUGCGGAUGCUACUGCACGCUUGCUGGAUCUGGAGGCGGAGCCGAAUCGACAGGAUCGCAAGGGACGCACGCCAGCGCAUUGUGGCUGCUCCAAGGGUCAGUUUGAAACGCUGAAGCUGCUGAAGGAGCGCGGCGCUAAUCUUUGGCUGCGCAAUGCCAAAGGCGACUUGCCGCUGCAUGAAGCCGCUGCCUCUGGACGACGCGAGCUGCUGGAAUGGCUGCUAAUGCAGCGCCCCAAGCAAGUGAACACCACCAGCAAUGAUGGACGCAGUCUGCUGCAUAUAGCGGCGGCCAAUGAUUACACAGACAUGUGCAAGCUGCUGCUGGACUAUGGCGGCGAUGUGAAUGCUUUGUGCCGUAAUUCGCGUGGCCUGGUGCUCACUCCACUGGACUGUGCGCUGCAGCGUGGUCAUCGCUCCACGGCCAAGUUUUUGCAGUCGCAUGGCGGUCAGCCUGCCAAUAAAUUGAGGCUGGCUGCGCGACGUGGCAAUCCGUUUCAUGAAACCAAUGCAGCUGACUUGGUGCGUCCACUCAAAUAUGUGGAAAAGGAGGAGCUGCAUGAUCUGCGCAGCUCCAAGAAGUAUGUGGUCUAUCUCAAGCGCACAGAUUCGGAUGCACCAGCUGAUGCUGAUGCGGAUGCUGCUGCUGACGACGCUGCUGACUGCAGCUGCAGUGAGCAAACCUAUCGCAAGGAGCAGCGUUUGCAGCAUUUGUGCGCGCGUCAUAAGCGUCGCCAGCUGCGGCGUCGCACCAACAGCUGGGGCGAGGGCAAGCACGAGAAGUGCAGCGAGAUUUGUCGCUCCAAGAGCAACAUUGAAAUCAGACGUCGCCAGUCCAAGGAGAAAUACGCCAGCAGCUCGGACUGUGAGCAUGAUGAGGCGGAGGAUGAUGAGGACAGCUGUGAGAAUUGUUGCUACCACAAGCGUCAGAAGCAGCGCGUGCUGCAGCGCAAACGCUCGACGCCCUCACGCAGAUUCAAGGAGCUGCCAGACAGCGCAGCUGAGAACGGCGAUAAAGCGCAGCCAAGUGCAGACGACAAGCAGCUGCAGCUGCCUCUACAAGCAGAGCAGCCAAGCGCUGAGCCGCAGCAACAGCAGCAAGUGGAGCUGCCAGCAGUCAAUGCGCCCACUAUCAAGGAAGGCACCUUUAUCAUGUCGCCGCCGCAAAGCGCCAGCAGCGAAAAGAAAGCGCAGCAGCAGCAGCAGCAGGAGCCAGAGCCACAGCUGGAUACGCUGCCUUUGUUAGAGACUCAUGCCAUGGAGUUGACAGAUGAGGAGCUGGAUGCAGCCAAGUCGGUGGUAACGCAAGUCGAUGUGCAUCACGAUGGCGAGCAGCCAACUGCAGCAACGCCCAAGCAGCAGCUAAGCGAAGAGGACACCAAGCUGCUUUCCAAUGAAGUGGAGCAAAUGAUUAAAAUUGCUGCCACCGCCUUGAGCAGCGAGUCUAAAAGUUCCACCGAGCUAGCCGAAGAGCCAGCGCCAGCAGCAGCAGCAGAAGAGCCCAUGCCGGCAACUGAGGCAGCACCAGAGCCGGAGCCGGAGGCAACGCCAGAGUCAGCAGCAGCAGCUGCUAAGCCACAGGAAUCUGAGCAACCGCAGGCAGCUGCUGCAGCCAGCGACGCAGGCGAAAGUAAAAAUGAAACAAAGUCAGCAACACCGCCGCCGCCGCCGCCGCCUUCGGCAGCGUCCAAACCGCAGUCUGAGCCACAAAAGCCGCCAGCCACGCGUGCACAGACUCCGUCGCAAACGCCCACGCAGCCGCCGCCGGCACCGCAGCAACGCGAGCAGGAGUCCAGACGCAGUUUUACGCUGCUACCUUCCGACUCGGCGGAUGAUGAGCCCAAGAGCAAAGCAGCUGAAGCUGCCGUCGGCACCGCUGCUUCCGAAACUGAACGCAAAUCGAGCUUCCAAGUGCUAAAGAGCGAUGAUUCGCUGGGCGAGCUGGAAGCGACGCCACACGCCAGCGACUUUGGCAACAGCAACACAGUCUUUCAAGUUAUGCCACAGAGCAGCAGCAGCAGCAACGUGGUGAAGCUGCCAAGUGCAGCGGAGCUGGACAAAGCUGACUACGACUAUGAGCAGGAUGAUUACGAUGAGGAGGAGGAGCAGCAGCAGGAGCUGUAUGAUGCAGGCAUGGAUGCAGAGCAUGAUAGUGCGCUGCGUCGCUUUCUGGGUCAUCGUCAUGGCGUGGGCGUGGGCGAGGACUUGGCCGCUGCUGCUGCCGCUGAAGCUUAUGAUGGCUUGUCCCAGAAUGGACGCAAGCGUCGCUUGAAGAAACGUGUGCGUAGUGGCGCCAAAACGCGCAGCAAUUGGAAACAGGACAGCGUCACCUUGACUACCAACACUGCUAGCAAGGAUCAGGACUCUGGCUUUGAGCCCAGCCCACGCGCUGAACGCACCAAAAUACCAACGCCACGUGCCGCACACACGGCCAUGCCGCGUCGCCCCAUCUAUGCCACCCUAGACGGACGCUCCUGCAGCAGUCGCUUGGAGAAUCGCAAGCCCGGCGAUAAGGGUGCCUGCGACAUGUCCGCUGUCACGCGCUCCAUUCAGCGCAAUAUACGCAGAUACUAUAUGGAGCGCAAGAUCUUUCAGCAUCUGCUGGAGCUCAAAUCGCUGCAGAUACGUAGCAACAAGCUGAACGAGGCGAUGCUUGUGAAGCGCGCCGUCGACGACUAUCACAAGUCCUGUGUGCUGCUGGGCGGCGAAACUGGCACAAGGCUAAGGCGUUACAAUUUCAGCGAGUACACUUUCAAGAACUUUGAGCUCUUUCUCUAUGAAACGCUCAAAGGCCUGCAGCGCCCAGGCACCAACAACUUUCAGAACAUCAACGAGGUAUACGAGGAGGCGGAGCGGCGACUUAGUCCGGAUUACAAUGCGUACGAGAAGGCGCUGCAGUGCACAACGAAGACUCAUCGCUGUCCUCAUGCCGUGCAUGCCUAUACGGGCAUACCCUGCGCCGCCUACAUUCCCAUGAUGAAUCACCACACGAUGCCCAAGUUUGGCUUUGGUGCGUAUAAAAAGGCCGGCAGCGUUAGCAGUUUUUAUCUACCAAAAAUACUGACCAGCGGUCGCGCCUCCAGUGGCAGCGCCGCACGCUUUGGCAGCGGCAGCGGCAGCGGCUUUCGAGGCAACUGCAACCACAAAGUUGCGCUGGAGCUGUCACACGGAAAGAGUAAACAACUAAUUUCACUGCCAGCGGAAAAGUUGGACAGCAAUAAACGUUACUAUGUGACGUUCACAGUUAAGGAUUCUCCGGGGUCACAGCAGCAACAGCAGCAGCAACAACAACAACAGCAAUCAAACGCUGUAGCGAGCGCCAACAGCGAGCCCAAUGGCAAGUAGUACGCGUCGUAUACGUAAUGUGACAUUGGAACUACCGCUAGCGUUGGCUUCUGUGGCUUGGCGCGACAUUACACAUACGCAAUGUGUGCAUGUAUGGCAUGCCAUCAGCCACUGCAUCACUAACAACAACAGCAACAGAAACAGCAUCAACAUUGCAGCGCCAAAUGCAUUAAAACAAUGCGACAUUUGGAGCUUUGCAGCAUCACUGCCCCGCCGCCUGUACAUGGAUUCGUUCGCUUUUUGCUUUUUAUGUGACCACCCGCUGUCCGAAUGUCCUUUUUCCUUUUUUUUUUUUUUGCGCUGCACUCAGCUUUGUGCUUUUGUUGUUUGUGUUUUUAUGCGCGGUUCCUGUGUGUUGUUUUUGCUGGCACUGCCGCUGCUGCACUUUAAGAUGCCCAACUGCUGAUAAUGGAUGAUGGCGCUGCGCUGCGACUGUCAGUUGAAGUUGUCACGCCAGCAGCAGCGGCAACGGCAGCAGCAGCAACAGCAGCUUAAAUUAUGUAGCCUCUACCCUACCGCAUCCUCUUGCUCGCCAGUUGCUCAACAUUCUGUUUUGUUGAGUAUUGUUUUUGUUUUGUUUGCUUGUUUGUCUGUCUGUCUGUUGAUGCUGCUGCUGUUGCGCUUUUAUUUCAGUUUUUCAUUAUCAUAUAUAUUCUUUUUUUUUUUAGCUGUUGUAGCUGCCGUUGCUAUUGCUGUGUACGCUGCUAAUGCCACAGAUAAGCGUUGUUAUUAACGCUCGGCUUACCAGCAGAAGGCAACAGCAGCGGCAACGACAACGGCAACGUCGGCGGCGACAACCACCCGCUAAGGCAGCAGCAAUGUUGUUUGGCUCUCAGCGCUUUUGUCCUUCGUCUCACUGUACAAAAUGAAUAAAUGUAAAAUAUGUA